UUACCACUGCCCAGAGGGGAUCGAAGCUCGAAAUCAAAAUAUUUCACAUUCACCGCAAAAUGACCAAGAUUUAGAAAUGGUUGCUCUACAAAACUUGCGGGAUGAAGAAAUUGAGAGAGGAGAAGAUUCGCCAUUGCGUCAAGAUUUUGGUGACUUUGCAAGUUUUGAACCUUGCAGUAUUAAAAAUAACUUGAGUCCUCGAUAUGGAACCGAUUCUUACGGUGAGACAUCCACUUCCAAUUUCCAUGACAUGAAUUCUUCAAAAGUACCUAAAGCUGGGUUCGACGAAUUUGUUGGCGUUUCUGGAGAUUCGCUCGUAUCUAGUAAGGACACGUUGAAUUCGCCUUUUGUGGAAGGCAGCCUUAAAUCAGUCAGAAGCUCGCCUUUUAUAUAUAAGAAAAGUACAUCCCGCAGUAACGUAAGUCAAGGUUCCCUAGCAAAGUCUGGGAGUCCGCAAAGUUUAGUCAAGCGAAGUUUUCUCGAUAGUCCAAAUCUAACUAUAUCUCGGGGCGAUCCUGAUUAUGAAAAUCGGAGUCCCGAAACCAUGUCAACUUUCGAAAAAAGGGAGAUUACUCCAUCGCAUAUAGAAUUUCCAUCUGUGGAUGUUAUGAACAUUCAGAUUAACGGUGAUAAGAAAGAGAGCAAAUGCACGAGCGAUUACGCGAACAAAUCGGGAACAUUGAAUAAUGGUUACAUUGGUAACACGGCUACGUAGCUUCAAUGAUAUCCCUCGACGUUAUCAGCAUCCGACGCUAAAAUUACAUAUGACAAAUAUGCGCAAUUAUAUCCUUGGUGAGAAUCGAUAUAAGUAUUUCAACAAAAAGGCAGUGUCUGUGCCAAAUUUAUGAGCGUAGUUUUGAAAGAAUCGCAUUGAGCAGCGUUUUGUAUACACGAGAAAAAGAUGCUAGUAUAUUCUAGACUAACGAAGUUAUAAGUCUAUAUUUUAAAUGUUUAGAUAUGUAACUAAGAAUUACUGGUCCUAAAUGCAGACAAGUGGAGUUUCCUUAUACGGGUGUUACUAUGUCUUAAUUCCGUCUCUCUAAAUGUAAUUAAUAUCGCUACGCGUGUACAGCUAAUUAGUAUAUAUAUAAUGUAA